CAAAAUGCGUGGGAUAUCUGCCUCAGAGCUCAAACAAUUUUUUUUCCUCUUUUAAUUUCAGACGCAUUUGUCCUGAUAUCCUCCCAACGCGCUCGUCCAGAUUCUACUCAGAAUAGGCUAUGGAUAUAAUGGAUAAACGAAAAGCACUAGUAACAGGUAUUGGUGGCCAAGAUGGCUCCUAUCUCUGUGAGAUUCUUCUCCAGAAUGGGUAUACAGUCCAUGGGAUAAUUCGAAAUCGCACAACCAGUGACUACACUACCGUAGCUGUAUCCCAUGUACUGGCUGCAGCAGAGAAAAAUCAAAACAAGCUUGUAUUGCAUUCCGGAGAUAUCAUGGACCCAUACUUCCUCUUAAGUCUUUUCAGGGAACAUAGCUUUGAUGAAGUAUACCAUCUCGCAGCUCAGAGCCAUGUGGGAACUUCUUUUAAACUUCAGCUCUAUACAUGCGAUGUCAAUGCACUGGGGACACUUCGACUGAUACAGACAAUCCUAACCUUGGGCUUGGAAAAAAAAACCAAGUUUUAUAAUGCAUGUUCAUCUGAGACUUUUGGCCAAACAGUGAAAGAUUAUCAAGAUGAGUCAACUCCUCUUUGCCCUGUAUCUCCCUACGCGGCGGCCAAAGCCUUUUCCUACUGGAUUACCUCAAGCGCUCGAAUCACUCACGGCCUCUUUGCUGUGAAUGGAAUCUUAUUCAACCAUGAAUCUCCCAGGAGAGGUCUUGGCUUCGUGACCCGAAAAAUUACCUUUGCUAUAGCUCAGAUUCAUCUGGGUUUGAGAAGUUGUAUUAUGCUUGGGAAUUUGAACGCGCGGCGAGACUGGGGCCAUGCCCGGGACUACAUGCAAGGUGCCUACAGCAUGAUGAAGCAGGAUGCGCCCGACGACUAUGUUCUAGCAACUGGCAAGACACGAUCAGUCAGAGACUUUGUGGUAACUGCAUUUCAAAUUGUGGGGAUUCGGCUGGAAUGGAGUGGGAGUGGAAUUGACGAGGUUGGUGUCGAUGCUCGUACUGGACAGGUUCGAGUUCGUGUAGACCCUGAUCUCUACCGACCAGCAGAGGUUUCUUAUUUGCGUGGCUCUGCGCAGAAAGCUGCUACAAGUCUUGAUUGGAAACCAGAAAUUUCGUUCAAGGAAUUGGUAAAGGAGAUGGUGGAGGCUGACAUAGCAUUGAUUCAUGAGAAACCCACGAGAUUCUGGAUGGAGAGCAAGCUAUAGUUGUGAUGUAUUAUUUAACAUGAUACAUCCUACCCGACCAUGGAAAAAAUGCUUAUAGCAACCCUCUUGGCGUUUGGCCACCUUUUCGAGCGUCCAUUCCACGGAUGUGUCCUUGGUUCGCACUGUACCAGGCUAGGGUCUCUUUCAAUCCUAUAUAUGUUCUUCAGUAGGUGCACUAGCUUGGCAGGAAUAGGGAAAUUCAUACCUUGCUCCAGGGUU